AUGCUGCCCUCAGUCGGGUCCCAAGACUCACACCCGGGGACCCGCCCUAAGUCUUGCUGUCGCAGGAGCAUGGGGCCCAGGAGCCACCACUUCAGCCUCGUCUUCUCUGUCUCCAGCCUGGGCCUUCUGUUUCUGUUCUCACUGUUUCCAGAGUGCUUGGGUGCCGAGGGCAAGCUGGCUCACAAACUCUUCCGUGAUCUCUUUGCCAACUACACAAGUGCCCUGAGACCCGUGGCAGACACAGACCAGGCUCUGAAUGUGACCCUGGAGGUGACAUUGUCCCAGAUCAUCGACAUGGAUGAGCGGAACCAGGUGCUGACCCUGUACCUGUGGAUUCGACAGGAGUGGACAGAUGCCUACCUACGAUGGGACCCGGAUGCCUACGGUGGCCUUGACGCUAUCCGCAUCCCCAGCAGUCUCGUGUGGCGACCAGACAUCGUACUCUACAACAAGGCGGACGCGCAGCCGCCGGCCUCCGCCAGCACCAACGUUGUCCUGCGGCACGACGGAGACGUGCGCUGGGACGCGCCGGCCAUCACGCGCAGCUCGUGCCGCGUGGACGUGUCGGCCUUCCCGUUCGACGCGCAGCGCUGCGGCCUGACGUUCGGCUCCUGGACGCACGGCGGGCACCAGCUGGACGUGCGUCCACGCGGCACCGCCGCCAGCCUGGCCGACUUCGUGGAGAACGUGGAGUGGCGCGUGCUGGGCAUGCCGGCGCGGCGGCGCGUGCUCACCUACGGCUGCUGCUCGGAGCCCUACCCCGACGUGACCUUCACGCUGCUGCUGCGCCGGCGCGCCGCCGCCUACGUGUGCAACCUGCUGCUGCCCUGCGUGCUCAUCUCGCUGCUCGCGCCGCUGGCCUUCCACCUGCCGGCGGACUCGGGCGAGAAAGUGUCGCUCGGCGUCACAGUGCUGCUGGCGCUCACCGUCUUCCAGCUGCUCCUGGCCGAGAGCAUGCCGCCGGCGGAGAGCGUGCCGCUCAUCGAGAGGCAUCACGACACAUCUAUGAGGUAUUACUACAUGGCCACCAUGACCAUGGUCACAUUCUCCACAGCGCUCACCAUCCUUAUCAUGAACCUGCACUACUGUGGUCCCAGCGCCCGACCAGUGCCAGCCUGGGCUCGGGCCCUCCUGCUGGGACGCCUGGCACGAGGCCUGUGCGUGCGGGAACGAGGGGAGGCCUGUGGGCAGUCUAGACCACCUGAGUCACCCCCCAGUCCCCAGCCUCCUGACAGAGGUGCUCGCCCUCCAGCAGUUCCUUGCCGUGAGCCACAGUGUCUGUGCCAUCAGGAAGCCCUCCUGCGCCACGUAUCUACCAUUGCUGACACCUUCCACAGCCACAGGGCUGCCCAGCGCCGCCAUGAAGACUGGAAACGACUGGCCCGUGUGAUGGAUCGCUUCUUCUUGGGCAUCUUCUUCUCCAUGGCCCUGGUCAUGAGCCUCCUGGUGCUGGUGCAGGCCCUCUGA